AUGCAGACGGGGAGUUUGGCGGCGUUGAGGAAGGUGAAGGUGUACGGGAGCCGGGAUUCCCUGUUCAUCGUUGGGGUGAACAAGAAGGAGGAGGCGUACGAAAUAACGGAGGUGGCCCGGAGUAGGGAGGUCGAGGUGAAACGGAAUUUCCAGGUGCACACAAAGACCUCCUAUCGGAACUUCGUGUGGAAAAAUGGUCUAGAGUAUGUAUGCAAGUGUGAAGGUGUUAUGGGAUGCAUUCGAUUUUUAAGCUACCCCUAUUUGUAUGUGAUCACGAAGAAGGAGAAAGUAGCUAUCCUAUUCAAUGAGCACAAGGUGUACCUCGUUAAGUCGGUCCUUCUGAUCCCCUUCAGAGACGAUGUGUUUGAAAAUUUCAAUGAUGAAAAUGAGUUGGUACAAGUAUUCUACAACAGUGUUAAUCACAAGAAUAUUUAUUUUUCUUACACAUACAAUUUGCCUUUCUCUGUACAAGAGAAUUAUUACUUACAGAAGGAGUUCCUUAAGGGGGGCAAUAUACACUGUAGGAACUACAAAAAUGAGUACCUGUGGAAUCGUUACCACAGCAAGUCAUUCAUUCGGCAGAACGUAUUUAUAUGUGUGCCAACUAUUAGUGGAUUCUUUGUUCAGUCAAAAUUCUGUUGCGAAGGGAAAGUGAUAGAUGUAACUUUCAUCGGUAGGAGGUGUAACAAGUACGCUGGGACUAGGUACCGUAAGAGAGGUAUCAAUGCUAAGGGGUACUCAGCAAACCAGGUGGAAACAGAACUUAUUUUGUUUCAAAGAGAUUACGAAACAUCUAUCCUCUCUUAUGUACAGUUGAGAGGAUCCGUUCCUGUGUUUUGGAGUCAAGGUGUUAACUACCAUUUGUUGAAGAGACCAAAAAUAAAGUGCAUUAAAAACGAUAUUCUUUUUACCUGCACAAAAAGACAUUUGAGUUAUCUCCUCUCUAGAUAUGGAUAUCCCAUUAUCGUUAUUAACUUGCUGAGCAAAAGUAAACACAGCGAUGAAAAUAACUUGUCCAGUGAAUACGAAGCUUGUAUUUCUGUGAUCAACAGGGACAUGCCUCCUGAUAUUAGAAUCAUCUACAAGCACUUGGACUUGAGGAAGGCCUACAAAAUAGGCACCAAGUACACUCUCCAAAGGUUGAAAGUAAUGUUCAAUUUUUCGCAACGCAAUGUCGGCUACUUCUACCUUCGAAAUGGAGAGGUGAUAGUCAUACAGAGAGGUAUCCUCCGCUUCAAUUGUGUCGACUGUCUUGAUAGAACGAACGCGGCUCAAUUAUUUCUGAAGAUGUAUAUGUUGGUACAUUUUUUGGAGCUAAUUAGCCGUGUGAAAAAGAAGGCUCUAUGUCUUAAUCACGUGGGAUAUCUAUCUCAGAUGUAUGAAGAACUGGGCGAUGCCAUAGCUAAGCAGUAUGCCGGUUCUACUGCACACAAGAAGUACACGCCUGGACAAAGCAACAACUUUUUUGUUCAAUCCAAGGAGCUAUUGACCUCCAUUAAGCGAUACUAUAUUAGCUCGUUCAAUGAUUUGGAGAAACAAAAGUCUAUUAAUCUGUUUUUGGGCGUGGCAGAUGACAAGUUGCAGGAUAUUCGCCAUGCACACGACCUCGACACGUAUGUACACGGGCGCACUUUCUUUCGACCCCCGUUUUCGGGGCGCGCAUCCCCCUUCUGGUGGGUCCUCCCCCUCGAGCGCUUCUGCGGGAAGGUGGAGUCCUUGCUGGGGGGACAUGCGACGGAUAAGCAAACUGCUAUACGGACCAUUAACGGGACCAUGAACGGGACCAUGAACGGGACCAUGAACGGGACCAUUAACGGGACCAUGAACGGGACCAUUAACGGAAUCAUUAACGGAAUCAUUAAGCGGAAUGCUAAUCGAACGACGAAUCUACGUGACAAACGAACUACGACGCGGCGUCCACAGAGAGGGAAAGACAAAGUCGUUCCGAACAUGUUGCGCAACCUCAAGUUCUACCGUUGUUUCAGCAACACGAACGUUUUCAAAAAUUUGUACAACGCGAAUGAUUGGGAGGGGCGCUUCGCACAGGUGGUGGAGCUAGCCGUCAGAGGAGCUACAGACUUGGGAAAAAGUGGAGAAAACACCUGCGAGUCCUCCACUGCGGCGGCUCUGAUGCUGAAGAGUUCCGGAGGAGCGAGCUGCCAUGACAAGCUUUUCAAAAAUGCGGUAGCAGACGUGCUGUCCCCAUUCGAGCGGUUCCUGAACCUAAUAUCACACAUCUACAAAUUCUACGACGCAUACAAACACAACUUUUAUUUCUACUUCAAGAACAAAAACAUCUUUAGGUUCCGCAUUUGGCGAAUUAUUGCAACAUAUAAUUACCUUAAUUAUGUUAAAAUUUUUUUCGACUUUUUUUUUCUUCUGUACUACUGCUUCUGCAAGAGGUACAGCGUACGCAUGGUGUACAUGAGUCAUGUGAAUGCGUUGUGCGCGGCAUUGGGGGGGGGCAACCACACCAAUGAUAGGGGCAACCAUACCGUGUAUAGAGGCGCGCCCCCCCUGGUUAACCCCUACACAUUCGAGAAGGACGUGCGCCAGAUCAUCCACCAGUAUGGUAGUUACAAAAAGGUGUCCUUCUCCUUGGAACCCUACCUGAAUUACUCCACCGUGAACAACGCUCCCUAUCAGUAUAUGCUAAUGAGUGGGCGCUCCCUUGUUGGAAGAAGAGGGAUAAUUAGAAAUCGUACUUCUUUAAAGGCAAAACACUCAUGUAAGAAUGGCGUAGUGACGAACAUUUUUAAACGUUCCUAUAUUACCCAUUUGAAUGACUCUGCCGUUGUAUACGACCAGAGGAAGACAUGCUGCAAGCCCAUCUUCAAGAAAAAGCUAAUUGAGCAAAUGAAGAACAGAGUGGUCAAAGACAAGGGCGCCUGUGCUUAUUACACGAGAGCGUAUGAGAGGUCGAAAAGGAGGUGCCGGGAGGGACCGACAAAGGGGAGCAAGCAGAUGGAGCAGACCGAACAGAUGGAACAGUUGGAAGAGCAGAUGAGCAAAGCGCCUCGGGGGUACUGCUCUAUACAUUUCAAUGCUAAUAUGGUUAAAUUUUUUUUUUUUAUAUACAGUAGCUACCAUGGGGGGGGUGCCAUGCAGGAGAACGAAGACAGGUCCGACUCCAUGUCCGUCGUGAGGAGGGUAGUUGUGGAAGCGUUGCGUGUGGCGAUGGGGUUGUCUACACCGACCGGGUUGACACCGACCGGGCUGACAUCGACCGGGCCGACAUCGACUGGGUCGACAAGAACUGGGCCCCCGCACAACAUGCAGCUAUUGCUCAGGAAAGCGACGGAAGCGCGCACCCUCCAAGAGUUUCUCUCCGACCUGUACAUGCACUACGUUUACAGAAGUGGCCAGUAUAAAGAACUCAAAGCGCAGAACAUCCAAAGUCCCAGCGCGCCAAGUUGCAGUGACGAAAAGAGCAAGGUGAAGAAAUCGGAACAGAGGUUCCUCCUAGAUGAGUACGACACAUGUGAAUACAAUUUAAAAAAAAAAAAAAAAAAAAUUUGGCAAGUUGAUCAGAAAAUAAAAAACGAAGUGAGAAAACACCAUGUUCAUCUUUCCAGGGAGUACCUCUCCUUGAAGCAUUUUACAAAAACCUAUUUCAAGGAAAUGAUAGAUUUGCGCAGACGAGACAUGCAAGUAAAUAAAUUUUUUCAUCACCAAAUUGAUUUAGGGAAUUCCCAAAUGGCGAAUCAGAGUUACCACUGCUUGGUGGAAAGAUCUUUGAAGUUGAAAAAGUUCGACGCGAAGAAAAACCCAUUCACUACAUGGACCUCACGACAAACGGUGCCUAACUUCAACGUGUUGCGCCAUAGACUGGAGGGCCAGGUUGACUACGUGCAGUACUGCAACCCAAUGUCGCGUGAAAUUUUCCUCCCUUAG